AUGAGCUUCAGACACGACGACUACACCGUAGCAUGGAUCUGCGCCUUGCCGUUGGAGAUGGCAGCGGCAAAGGCCAUGCUGAAUAAGGUCCAUUCUCCACUGCCCCAGCCAAAAACCGACCAUAAUGCCUAUACACUUGGGAAUGUUGCCGGUCACAACGUGGUGGUGGCCUGUCUCCCGUCAGGUGUCUACGGAACCACCUCUGCUGCAACCGUGCUUGCCCACAUGUUGUCAACAUUUCCGACUCUUCGAUUUGCGCUAAUGGUGGGCAUUGGUGGUGGUGUGCCCAGUAAGAAGGCAGAUAUUCGCCUUGGUGAUGUGGUGGUUAGCAUGCCGACUGCUGCCUCUGGGGGCGUGAUCCAAUAUGACUAUGGGAAGACACUUCGUCAUGGACAUUUACAGCUCACUGGAUCGCUUAACAAGCCCCCGCAAUACCUGCUCACCGCAGUAUCUCAAAUACGCAGUGAGUACAUGGUCAGUGACUCUCACUUCAAGAAAGGUAUAUCAGAGAUGCUUCAGAAGCAACAAAUUUCACGGCCAGACCAAGACUGGCUGUUCAACCCGGAUUAUCACCACGAGAGCAAGUUUACCAACUGUUCAGAAUGUGAUCAGUCUCAGCUAGUGAUUCGUCCAACACGAAAGACUAACGAGCCGGUCAUUCACUAUGGGCUGAUUGCUUCUGGGAAUCAAGUCAUGAAGGAUGCUAAGACACGAGAUUCUAUGGCCGAAGAAUUAGAUAUCCUCUGCUUUGAAAUGGAGGCAGCUGGGUUAAUGGAUCAGUUGCCAUGCCUCGUUAUUCGAGGUAUCUGCGAUUAUUGCGACUCCCAUAAAAACAAGGAAUGGCAAGAGUAUUCUGCUCUUACCGCUGCUGCAUACACUGCUGCACUACUGGCUGUUGUUCCUAGUACCAAGAUUAACGCUCAACCAGACCAAAAAACUGAGUUUACUGCCGAAGAGAAAGCAUGUUUGCGCGAUCUGUUCAUUACAGACCCGACAGAUGACAGAAAAGCACUCGAACGGAGGAAGGGACAUCGUGCCCCUGGUACAUGCAGGUGGAUAUUGGGAACUGACGAACUUAAGAACUGGCUCCAGAUUGGUGAAAACGGUGCUCAGAAAGAGUCAAAUAUAUUUUGGCUAUACGGAAACCCCGGAACUGGAAAGUCAACCAUGGCCAUCACAUUAACGGAAGAACUUCCAAACCAAGCUGAAUUCCUUAGUGGGAAAAAGAGGCUUGCCUACUUUUUCUGCGAUUCCGGCUCUGAGCACCAGCGGACUGCAACCUCUAUCCUACGGGGGCUUCUUUAUCAAUUAAUCACGCAGCAUAAAUCUCUGAUGAAGUACUUGCUUCCGAAAUAUACGGAGCAGAAAGCAAAAUUAUUUACUUCGUUUGAUGCAUUAUGGUCGGUUUUGAUGGACAUGGGCCAAGAUCCCUCUAUUUCUGGAACCUACUGUAUCAUCGAUGCUCUAGACGAAUGCGAACCAGACGACCAAUGGAUAAUCCUACACGAAAUUGACCGAACCUUUAGCAAUUCAAAACCACAACAUUCCUCGUCAAAUGCCAUGCAUUUCCUGAUUACCAGUCGGCCGUAUCCUGAGAUUCGUCGGUAUCUAUCGUCUUUUUCUCACAGGGAUUUGUCUGCUUACCCUGCAGUCACAACCGACUUGAAAACAAUGAUUCAGGAGAGGGUUGACCGGUUAAGCAGACAAAACAACUACCCGAGGUCAGUGAUGACAGAAAUAUCACAGAUCCUGGAACAGAGGGCAGAAGGGACUUUCUUGUGGGUCGGCAUUGCUUGUGAUGAAUUAGAACGAGUCCAGGCAAGAAAGGCAGUAAAGACGCUACAACACUUACCACAGGGAUUAUAUUCUCUGUAUCAGAAGCUAUUCGAUACAGCUAUUACACAGUGCGAUGAAGAUGACAAACCAGUUAUCUUGAAACUUGUGCGCUUUGUUGCGAUUGCACGACGUCCAUUCACAAUACCAGAAUUAUCCGAAGCCUGCGAGCUAUAUCCUGAUGAUGACAAGGCUAGCCGCUUUCUAUUUACCAGAGAGUUGAUCGAUUCGUGUGGUUUCAUAAUUAUUGCUGAGGAUCGGAGGGUAAGACUGCUUCAUGGAUCGGUCAGGGACUUCCUGGUGAAGGAUGCAGCACACGUGGACGAACUAAAAUCCCAUGCCGCACUGGCGGAGCGGUGUAUUGCAUCUAUCAUAAGACACUACCGAUCACAGGCGAAUGGGAAGAGUAUACUGCCGAAAACCAUCUUUCUGAACUAUUCAGUGUCAUUUUGGCCGAUACAUGCGGGACUUGCCAAGGGUGAGUUUAUGUUGCAAGCUGAACAGGCAGCAUUCUUCCAGCUUGGGUCAAAAGUUUGGACAAAGUGGUUGGACCAUUAUAACUCACUCUCCCGGAAAUGGCCAUUAGACGCUGGGUUCUCUAUUUUCCAUGCGGCGGCAAGAUGGGGGAUCGAUCGUCUGAUUUCAUGGGGAUGUCAUGAUUUCAAGGACGGAGUUUUGAUCGAUUGUGAUUUCAGGACAAUGAAUGGUGUGACACCAUUGGAGGAAGGCGCACGACAUGGGAGGCUUUCCACCGUGGGUACACUACUAAGGCAUAUGUCAGAGAAAGAGAUAAUACACCAGAGGGUGGUUGAAGCUGCAGCACGCAAUAGCGAGAAUGGAAGGGAUAUCAUGAGACUGCUGCUUGAGAAACGCAGAGAUCAGAUUCAGAUCACAGCAGAUGUGGUCAGGGCUGCAGCAGGAAAUUGGAGCUGUGGAAAAGACGUUAUGGCACUUCUCCUUGAUCAACAACGAAACCAGGUGCACCUCACUAAGGAGGUGGUAGCCACAAUCAUUGAGAGGUUUGAUAAAUCAGUGGUUGCGCUCCUAAUUGAUCGACACGCAGAUCAUAUCCAGAUCACAGAGGACAUAGUCAGGGCUGCAGCAGAAAACCGGAGCAGUGGAAAAGACAUCAUGGCACUCUUCCUUGACCAACAAGGAGACCAGAUCCGGAUCACUGAAAAUGCAUUAUCCACUAUGGUCAGGAUGUUCGACGAAACCAUGAUUACACUUCUGUUAGCUCGGCGAGGAAACCAGACCCAGAUUAUUCAAAAGGUGAUCAGGGCUGCAGCACAGGAUUACAAGAUGCAAAGAGUAUUUGUCAUUGAUAUCCUUAACCGACUUGAGCACCAAACACGCUCCCUCACACGCUCCCUCACCAGGCAAAUCCUAUCGGUGAUUAGAACAUUUCACCUUGCAUCAGUGACAAAACUGCUACGAGAGAAAGGUGAUAAAAUUCAAAUUACCGAGAUGUUUCUAAAAGCUGCAGUAGAAAACCGGAAUAGUGGGAAAGGAAUUACAAAAUUCCUCCUCAGUCAACAGAAGAACCAAUUUCAGAUCACAGAAGAGUUACUCAGCGCUGCAGCACAAAACCAAAAAGAUGGGAAAGAUAUCAUUGCACUCCUACUACAUUAUCAGGGUGAUAAUAUCCAUGUUACAGAAGGAGUGCUCAAGGCUGCCGCAGAGAAUACUGGGAACGGGGUCGAAAUCAUAAAACUUCUGCUAGACCAACCGGGAGGCCAUACCCAGAUCACAAAGGACGUACUCAAAGCCGCAGCAGGGAACACUACAAAUGGGAUGGAAAUCAUCAAAUUUCUGCUUGACCAACAGGGGGAUCCCGUCCAGGUCACAGAGGACGUACUCAAGGUUGCAGCAGGAAACACUGGGAAUGGAACAGAAAUUAUUACGUUUCUGCUUGACCGAGAGCGGCAGGCCCAGAUUACAGAAGAGGUACUCAAGGCUGCAGCAGAAAACGAGUUAAUCGGACAAUCCAUCAUGGAGUUAUUACUCAGACGACAAGGAGACGUGACGAUAACAGAGAGGGUCAUUACAGCUGCCGCAGGAAAUAGACGGAACGGAAAGAAGGUUCUGGAAUUACUAUUUGAGAAGCAAGAAGAGCAGAUAAAGGUCACCAAGGAGGUGAUCAAAGCCGCAGCAGGAAAUGAGGGUAGCGGAAUUGACAUCCUUGCUUUUUUGUUUGACCAAAGUGAUGAUGACUUUCAGAUCGCGGAUGGUGUUUUGCUCUCGGCUGCUUCUUCUGGGAACGAAAAUGUCCUUGCUUUUCUAUCCAGCAAAAUGGGGCUCGCGAUUGAUCCUGGAAUGCUAUCCAUCGCUCGACUCUAUAAUGCUGCAAAAUUAGGCAAGACGGACAUUGUGGAGCAGCUACUCUUUCAAGGAACGCCACCAGAUACGCGAAACAUGCGAGGUGUUACACCUCUCUGGAUUGCUGCUUCAAAUGGACACCAGGAAGUUGUCAGAGUCCUUCUUCAGUCACAUCAAGUUGAUGUUAAUAUUCCAAGCAUAGCUGGAAGACCGCCAAUAUUUUGGGCAGCAGCUGAAGGUCAUACUGGAGUAGUUCGCCUACUAUUAGAGGCGGGCGCCAACCCUAGAGUGACUGAUACUAAGGGGGACUCCCCUUAUAUUAUGGCUCGGAAGCGUGGUCACUGGGACACCGCAGAGCUUCUGGAAGAGCAUUUAGAUGCUGAUGUUCCCCAAGUCUAA